AUGUUAAAAAUCAACUUAUUAAAUGAAAAGAUUAAACAACUAGAAGAAGAGCUUGAAUAUCCUCUGUAUCAAAAUUCACAACCUAAAGAUUCAGAGAUUAAUAAAGAGGAAUCUGGAUCUCUACCUCUAAAAAGAAAAAAAAGAAAAACAAUGCCUUUCUCCUACCUUCUAACAAAUAAAGAAUCAUUAAAACAACUAAGAGAAGUAGAAGAAGAGGCAAAGAAAGUAGCCAACAAAAAACAGCAUAAAAAAGAAGAAGCUACCCAAAAAUAA